AAAAAACUGGCCAGGCCGUAACUCAGACACUCUUGUUUUCCUAACACUGUAACAGGUUGAUUAGUUUACGUUGUCAAUAGUAGAGGUUGACAUUGUACAAGUUUAAAGAGAAUUAAAAAUUUUCCUAUAAUUAUAAAUAAAUGGUGGCUUUAAGUUUCAAUUUUCAAAAGUAGGGAUGUGCAAGGAUAACCUUGAAUUGAAGGACAAAAUGGUCACUUGUUGUCCAUAUGUUUAGAUAUAUUAAUUGUUAUUGUACAAGCAAAAUGUCUAUGAUAUGGUAGUGGCUAGUAAAAUUAUAUAAUUCUGGAGCCAUUUUGUAUGUCAAUAAUUGAAGAUUGGUGUAACAGUACUACCUCAUAAUUGGAGAUAAUUGUUUCCUGUGUACUUAUUUCACCUGAACAAUGGAAAACCAGACUGUAAGAGAGGUAGCUGUUAUAGGAUCUGGUAGUUGGGCAACCACAAUAGCAUGUUUGGUAGCCAAAAACAUCAUCUGGAUUCCAUAUUACAACUCUACAGUCAAAAUUUAUGUUAGGGAAGAAGAAGAAGAAGUAGGAAACAAGAGUUUGGCUGAAAUAUUAAGUACACAGCGUGAAAAUGUUAAAUAUCUUCCAGGAUUUACCAUUCCUUCAAAUGUGUUAGUGGAGACUGACAUCAUCCAGGCAACUAAAAAUGCUGAUGUUAUAAUAUUUGCUGUGCCUCACAAGUUUCUAGAAGAAACAUGCAAGUGCAUUGCUGGCAGAAUAAAACAAUCAGUAGUGGGAUUAUCUUUAAUAAAGGGUUUGAUUGCAAAAGAUGGAAAAUUGGAAUUAGGUUCUGAUGUUAUCAGACGUGUUCUAGGAAUUGAAGUAAGUGUAUUGAUGGGAGCAACUUUUGCCUCUGAAGUUGCAGCAGAAGAGUUGGCUGAAGCAACAUUAGGCUGUUCCAGCCCAGAAGUAGCUCAUUUGUUCAGUACUUUACUGAAGAGCAACUAUUUCUGUUUAACCUGUAUUAAUGAUGUAACAACUGUUGAGCUGUGUGGUGCUUUAAAGAGUAUUGUGGCUUGUGCUGCUGGAUUUAUCGAUGGACUAGGUUAUGGAGAAAAUGUUAAAGCAGCUGUGGUUCGUUUAGGUCUAGUAGAAAUGGUCUGGUUCACUAGAAUGUAUUAUCCUGGUGCCAAGUUAAGGACAUUUUUGGAAAACUGUGGAGUUGGUGAUUUGGUAGCAUCUUGUUAUGGCCACAGGGACUGGUUAGCAGCUAAAUAUUUCAUUACAGGAAAGGUUUUUAGUAAGCUUGAAGAAAAUGUACUCAAAGGUCAAGUGAUCCAUGGUCCAGAAACAGCAGCUCUGGUUUAUGGGUUUCUAAAGGGAAAAGAACUAGAAUACAAAUUUCCUUUGUUUGCUGCUGUUCAUAAAAUAUGGACAAAUGAGGUAAAUCCCACUGAUCUGAUAGAUCUGGUACGUAACCAUCCAGCAUAUGAAAAUGCCGAACUUCAGUGAUGUAAAUCCAAAACAUCCUGUGCUUAUCAGAUUUUAAGUCUUCCAUUUUGAAUCUGUGUUAAAAAGUUAUCAUAGAUGUGACAUGUUUAUCUAUAACUUUUUAAGAAGAAAAAAAAAUCUGUUAUUAAUUAUUAAGUUUAAAAUAUAUUUUGUUUUAUAACUUUUAUGGCCAAAGUUUAAGACAGUAGGGAAGUUUUAAUUUUAUUAUUCUUGUUAUACUGCAAGAAGGUAUUUUUCUUUAUUGACAUUGAAUAAUGUGCAGAAAGCAUAGUUAUUGCUACAGUUUUUAUAUCUUAAAUUUAAUAAAUGUAGAUCAAAUCUUGUACCAGUAAACAUAAAAGACUGAGUUGAGAUUGCUGAGUCAAAGCAAACUUCAGUUGAGAGAUAAGGGCAAAGCGUAAAUGUAACAUCUAUGAAUUUGUCAUACUAAUGGCAUAAAAUAAUCAUCAGUGUUAGAGUAUCUCAGGUAAAAAAAAAUUUUUAGUUGUUACUGAUAUGACAAGUUCAUGAAAAUGUCAUUACCUUUUUUAUUAUCUUUACGAAUGUAUCCAGUUUUAUCGUCAUCUUUAAAUUCUUUACCUCAAGUAAUUUUUAAUUCCUUGCCAUGAGAUUGGCUGUAACACAUUUGUAUGUCAAACAGCAUGAGAUGUGGUGCUUAGUUAUUUUAUUCACUAAUAAAUUUUGUGGGCUUGUAUUAGCACUUCUGAAAAAUAGGUACCUUAAACAUAAACUAUGGCAGGUUUUUGCUAUGGCAGAAAUGCUGCCCUAUGGACAGCUGUUUGUGCUAGUAAUUACUAAUCUUAGUAUUCAUACCUCAUUGAAAAUUUUUAGAAAAAGUCGACAUCUUCUAAAAUAUAAUUUUUUUUUCUGGGAAGUACUGCUCGGGAAAACUGUUCUAAUUGUGCUCUUUAGUCAUAUGCAACUCAUUGCAUCAAAAUGAUUCAAUAUACAGAGCUCGAAUUUUUCAUAAAUUUUACUCAUAUAAUCUGUAAUGUUUUUUUAUAUAUUAAAAGUAGUACCAUUUAUUGAAAAAAUAAUAGUUUGUUUAAGAACUCCAGUUUCUCAGUACUACAUUGCAAAAUUACAUCAAUAAAUAUAUAAUCAAACCCUCAUGUACAGUUCUAGUGAAAGUCAUGUUCUUGUUGUGAAAAAAAUACUUUUAUUUAAAAUUGUGUUCUGUUAUAAAGAAAUUGUUGUUGCAUAUAUCAGUUAUUUUUCUAAUUGUCUGAAUAUCGAUUACCCAAAGUGUGAAAUUUUUUAUGGAUUUUUGUUUGUAGUGCCAUUCAAUAAAUGGUACAGGAGUUUUGGCCAUACAUAGAUAGUGACAUACAUGCUAUGUCCAUUAUAGUCAGAUGAUUCAUUUUAGAAGAUUGUAAUGAGAAGUGAAUAAUACCUUAGAAAUUUUGUAAUUUUGUCCAGAUGGAAUGCUAUCUAAUACCAAACUGUAGUGUUUUUUAACACAAAGUAGGUAAUAUUUUAAUAAAAGUACUUUGAAUCAAC